AUGGACGUGCUACUGCCCCCUGCCAACAUUUCGGCUGCUGUGGCGGAUGCUCUUUUGCCUCCGCCGGUCGUGGUGAUGCCCAAACUGAGUCUUAUUCCGGGUCUUCCUGAUGGCAUCCUUGCCAUCUUUGCUCCUGUCAUUGCCUACUGGACUUACUCCACCUUUUUCCAUAUCAUCGACGUGUACGAGCUUGCUGAGAAGUACCGUAUACAUCCUAGCGAGGAGGAGGAGCUGAGGAAUAAGGCGCCUUUGAAGGAUGUGCUUUAUGAUGUUGUUAUUCAGCAUAUCAUUCAGCUGGUGGUGGCUUACGCUGUUUACCGUAUAGAUCCUCCUCCAACCACAGGCCACGAGCUUUACCAGAUUUGGUACCUCAAACACAACUGGGCUCCUACUUGGGUUCCAGAUUCGUUGCUCUGGUUUGCCUACACUUAUGGCUGGUCGGUUCUUCGUAUGGGCGUGGCCUUCUGCAUCAUCGAUACAUGGCAGUACUGGCUCCAUAGAACCAUGCACUUGAACAAAACCUUGUACCGUCGUUUCCACUCCAGACACCACCGUCUUUAUGUUCCUUACGCGUACGGUGCUCUUUACAACGACCCAGUGGAGGGUUUUUUGCUAGACACCGUCGGCACUGGUAUCGCCGGUAUCAUCACCCAACUCUCCCCUCGUGAGUCGCUCUUCGUCUAUGUGUUUGCUACCAUGAAGACCGUUGACGACCACUGCGGCUACCGUCUCCCAUGGGACCCCUUCCAGUUCCUUUUCCCCAACAACGCCAUUUACCACGACAUUCACCAUCAAAACUGGGGGUUCCGCAACAACUUCUCCCAGCCUUUCUUUACCAUCUGGGAUAAAAUCUCCAACACCCAGUACCAGUUUGUGCAAGAAUACAAGGACAAACAGAACAGAAUUACUUUGGAGAAGUACAGGCUCUUCUUGGCCCGCAGACAAGAAAAGAAGGAUGCUAUGAUGAAGAAGUCUUCGUCUAUGGCUUCUACAAACUCCGUCAGCUCGUCGGAGUCCAAUACUGCUGUCGGCACGCCCGUCAGCGAAACCAAAAAGACCAUGUAA